AUGGCGGAUCUGGGCGCGAUGCUGGCGCCGGAUUUAAGGAAGAGGAUCGAGAUCAUGGCGGAUCACAUUGCAAGGAAUGGCUCUGACUUUGAGACAACGGUCAAGCAGAAAAAUGCGAGCAAUCCGCAGUUCUCGUUCUUGUACAGCGGUGAGGGCGCUGAGUACUACCAGCAGGUCCUCGCCAGGCAUCGAGGGACACAGGUGCCGGCAGCGGCGCCGCCUGCGCCGGCGGCGGCACAGCCUGCGCCGGUGCUUGCGCCGACGGCUCCGCGGCCGCCCGCGCCGCCUGCGCCGCCCAUGCCGCAGACGAUGCCGCAGACGGCGAUGGCCACGGGGAUGGCUGGGUCCUUGGCCGGUGCUCCCACAGCGGGCAGCCUGGCGACGCUCCUCCGAGGAGGGCAGGUUCAGGGAGCCCCGCCCGUGGAGCUGGCCGACGUCCUGCGGCGAUGGAAGGAGCCACAGGUGCUGGCGCUGACCCCGGAGGUCGAGCGGCAGCUUCAUGGAGUCCUGGCCUCCCUUGAGCACAUGGCUUCGCGGGAUGCCAUUAAGAGCGGUCGGCUUUGGAUCGAAUGCAACAGCGCCCUGGCACCGCAUAUUGCUGGUCACAUCAUGGUCCGCGUGUCUUUUCUGUCAACCUGUGCUCACAGGCUACACGUGUUGUACCUCGUGCACGACCUUCUGCAGACAGAAGCCGCCCGCAAGGAUGCUCAUGCUCCUUUGGUCCGGGCAUUUAAGCCGUACCUGCCAUGGAUCCUGCGCCCGUGCUACCAGCUGGCGCUGCAGUCGCCUCAAGGAGACGAAACUUCGAGGGUGCUCCGUCUCGUGCAGCUCUGGGUCGAUCGGGGCAUCCUCUCUGCGCAGGAGGCCGAGGAGGUGAAAGCCAUCACGAUGACCCAGGAGCUGCCUGGUGUCCAGCCUCCCGUCGCGCAGGCCGCCGCUGCAGCGCUGCGGCUCGCCCAUCACGUCGGUGCCGGCUCCGCCUCUGCCUGGAAUGGCAGGCGCAUUGCGGCCGCCGAUGCACGGCGUGGCGCCGUGCAUGGCUCCUUUCGUGGCACCGGCCCGCUUGGGCUCUUUCUGACCCGUCGAAAAGAUUUGCAGUUGAGAGAAUCAAUUGUGGGGGAUGCAGCUGCAUAUAGGCCCAUGCUACACAGCUACCAGAAGCAGGCGCGAGCUGCUGGUGCAGAGUUCCGCAGUUCCCUAGCAAGGCCCAAGAAGCGGUUUCUCCUUCGCAGCAGGCCGGAGACGGUCCCGGUGGGCGUCCUGGCGUCCAUGUUGGCUGGGGGCCAGAAAGCACUUCGCUUCUUCCUGCGAGCCGCAUACGGCGCGCAAGAGCGGAAAUCUUUCAGCCAGCUGGCACCUGCGCUUGCCCCGAAGGUACAAGCCGCUAGAUCCGGCAGCGAGCUGAGCCACACACCGGCAUGUGGCAUCGGGGCCAUUGCGCUGCGCGUUCCCGAGGCCAUGACUCCGCAGGCCUUGCCAGCGAUGGAGGCAGGGAGGGGUUUGGGCGGGUGGGAGAAGAGAGGGGUCUCCUUGCUGCAACAGCCGAAGGUUCCCACACCGCAGCUGCUGGCCAAAGUGGAGGAAUUCUACGAGGACCUGCAGGACGAGGCGGGCGCUCAUGAGCGCGCAGGCGGGCCUCUGCUGCGAGCCUCGCGAGGCUUCAGCACGAUGAGUGCGGUUCCUGAGCCUACUGCAAAGACUGCACUUCAUGGAGAACGAAACCUGCUUGCCAGCGAGCAGCCCGUUCCGCCAUUCCUGCGGAGAAAAGAGCCGGCAGUGCUUAGCCAGUAUCUGAGUCCGGCACGCAGACAAACCGACGCGAAAGAAGCACCGAAAGAAGCAAACUACCGAGCAAACAAAGGCAUUUGCAUGACUUUGGAGAUCAUUGGGCUUGUCAAGGUCUUCUUUCAGAGGGAACACUGCAAUGGCAGGAUUGGGCUCUACGCAGAAGGUCAAGCGUGGCUGCAAAUUGCGGUGGUAGAUUGGGGGGCGUAG